ACGCGUGCCUUUGGGUUUUUAUAAAAGCAAAGUUGUACUUUUUGAAUUCUCGAUUAAUAAAGUACUUUUAACGUGAACGUCUUCCCUCAUCUCUUGCUACCUGGGAGUGAUAACUGGUUUCAUUGCUACCCCACCACGUCCCAUACAUCUCCCCCUCCUAUCUAUCUCAACAACCCACCGGGCAUCAAACACUCCCAGUCAAAGCCCACUCAUCCGCUCUUCCUCCUUCUCCUCCCCUCCCUCCUCCCACACACGUACACCGAACCCAAAGAAAACAAAAACAUGUCCGAAAUCCACCCCAGCAAACCCAACAUCGGCGUCUACACGAACCCGAACCACGACCUCUGGGUCGCCGAAGCCUCCCCUUCCCUCGACGAAGUCCAGCAAGGCAAAGCGAACCUCAAGGAGGGCGAAGUCCUCAUCAAUGUCAAGAGCACGGGUAUCUGCGGCUCCGACAUUCACUUCUGGCACGCUGGCUGCAUCGGCCCCAUGAUCGUCCGCGACUCGCACAUCCUAGGCCACGAAUCCGCCGGCCUCGUCCUCGCCGUGCACCCCUCCGUCACGCACCUGCAACCGGGCGACCGCAUCGCUAUCGAACCCAACAUCCCCUGCCUGAGCUGCGAACCCUGCCUCACGGGCCGCUACAACGGAUGUCCCGAUGUCGCCUUCCUCUCCACCCCGCCUUACCCAGGCCUGCUGCGCCGCUACCUCACCCACCCGGCAAAAUGGUGCCACAAGCUACCCGAUAACCUGACCUACGAGGACGGCGCCAUGCUGGAACCGUUGAGCGUCGCGCUGGCGGGCAUGGAUCGCGCGAAUGUUAGGCUGGGUGAUCCAGUGCUGGUCUGCGGCGCGGGACCCAUUGGCCUCGUGACGUUGCUGUGCUGUCGCGCGGCGGGCGCGGCACCCAUCGUGAUUACCGACAUCGACGAGGGGCGGUUGAAGUUUGCGCAGAGCCUGGUACCCGGCGUGAAGACACACAAGGUCGAGUUCAGCCAUACGCCUGCGGACUUCGCCUCUGCGAUUCACAAGCUCAUGGAAGGGGUGCAACCGGCCUUCGCGCUCGAGUGCACGGGCGUCGAGAGCAGUAUCGCGUCUGCCAUCGAGACGGUGAGGUUCGGGGGGAAAGUGUUCGUCAUUGGCGUGGGCAAGAACGAGAUCAAGAUCCCCUUUAUGACGCUCAGCACGCGCGAGGUCGAUCUGCAGUUCCAGUAUCGGUACGCGAAUACGUGGCCCAAGGCGAUACGGUUGAUGAAGGAGGGCAUCAUUGAUACGAAGAGGUUGGUGACGCAUCGGUUCGGCAUCGAGGAUGCCGUCGAGGCGUUCAAGACGGCGGGGGAUCCGAAGACGGGCGCCAUCAAGGUGCAGAUUCAGAAUCUGGAGGAAUAGUGGUGGUAAUAUGGGGGUGGUUGGGGGUCUUUUUUUCCUGCACGUGGAUAUAGAUAUUGCCUCUGCGCAGAAGCGCUGAGUAAGUGAAGUUCAAUGUAUUGGCCUUGCAGUCUGGUUUGAGAGUACAUCAGCCUAGAAGGUGUCCAGUUGCGGAGGGAAAUUCAUACCUGCUUUUAUGACCGUCGCUUUCUCCAACACAGAAAGCAUCUUUC